CCAUCCCACCGUCAAUCAGCGACAACAUCCGUCAAGAUGGCCAAGUCCAAGAACGCGUCCCAGCACCACAGAAGCCAGAAGGCUCACCGUAACGGUAUCAAGAAGCCCAAGACCAACCGUUACCCUUCCCUCAACGGUGUUGACCCCAAGUUCCGCCGCAACCACCGUCACGCUCUCCACGGCACCAUGAAGGCCCUCAAGGAGCGCAAGGAGGGCAAGCGUGAGGUCGCAUAAAUGUCUAACGGAGUCUGAAAAAAUGGGAAUCAUGAAACGCAACUCGAGCGCGCAGGAGGUUCGGUUAACAUAAAGUGUGCGACGAUCAAGGACGGUCCGCUGUGUCGAAUAGGCCUGGUUUCUGCUUAUUCCUUGCGCGAUGAGUCUCGGGUUGUUUGAUAUCAAGAAAUCAACAGGCUUAAUUCGAUGUGCACAGCGGUGCCAUUUUCCCAAGCGGA